UAAAAACACAAAGUAGUGACGAAACAAGAAACAAACCAAUUAGGCCAUCAAAGUCGGGCCCAGAACGGAAUUGCAGCCGAAUGGUCCGCCGUCCGGCAAUAGUCACCGCCCGCAAUCUCUGCUUCGCCACACAAAUCCGUUUACUUGAGGAGAGCUUUGCUAUCCGUUAUUUAUUUUUCAUGUAGGGAUUGUUCAAGUGUUUGUAUAUUCGCAAACAGAUAUGGAAGACGAAGUCCAAUCGCCGCCCGACCACAAGCUUUGCGGUUAUCUCUGUGCUGUCCUCGCAUUCCCCUGCGACGCCUCUAUCCCUCCCCACUCGGUUUGCCGCCUCGCCGGCGACCUUCCAGAUGUACACUUCCUGGCCCCGGACGGCGCCCGCUUGAACCCCAUUGCCAAAGCCCAAUCACUCGCGACGCCGUCCUCGAAGAAGAGGUGGAGCAGAAUUGGGAUGGUCCACGGAUCGAUUAGCGUGGUUCACCAAUUGGGUACCCUCGUGGCUCACAAAUGCUUGAGAAUUGUGGCCCGAAUCGUGAAUGUCUCUCCGGCGGAGAGUGGGUGUAGCGAAAUUAGGGGUGUGGUGUUGGUGGAUGUGUACCUGCCCAUUGGGCUGUGGUCUGGGUGGCAGUUCCCUCGUUCGAGUUCCACGGCCAUAGCACUUUUCAAACACUUGAGCUGUGACUGGGAAGCUAGAAGCUUGUUGCUUACAUCUCAAAGUGUGGAUAGUGGUGGCAUUUGGAAUGUGCCAGACUGUCAUGUCCUUGGCUGUAUGCUUCAUUGUAGUGUACCCGACAAUUCCAAGAAAAAAAAGCUUUUCGAACUCCAGGAAAUCUUUGAGAGUUUACCCUGUGUGACAAAGAAGGUAAAUUGUGAUGGAGGAACAGGAGUAAAACCAGCAGAAUCAUCCAACAAGUCUGGUAUCUGGGUGCUGUCAGAUGAUCUAUUGAUUAAUAUUUUGAAUAUGCUAAGCCCGGUCGACCUUCUUAAGAUUUCUCUAACAUGCCAUCAUCUAAGGUACUUGCAAGCAUCAAUCAUGCCAUGUAUGAAACUUAAGUUGUAUCCUCAUCAGCAGGCUGCAGUUGAGUGGAUGUUACAGCGUGAAAGGGAUCCUGAAGUCUUGAAACAUCCUCUGUAUAUGGAUUUUAUAACCAGUGAUGGGUUUGAAUUCAAUAUGAAUAUGCUUUCUGGUGAAAUUGCCCCUGGUGUAGCUUGUACCAUUAGGGACUUCAGGGGGGGAAUGUUCUGUGAUGAACCUGGAUUAGGUAAGACUAUUACUGCCCUAUCACUUGUUCUGAAAACACAAGGAACUAUGGCAGAACCCCCAGAUACAGUACAGGUGAUCUGGUGCAUGCAUGAUGGGAAUCGUAGGUGUGGAUAUUAUGAAGUCAGUGCAGACAAUAUAGCCAGGGCUAGUUUUUCUAAUAUUGACACACCUGUGGUGAAGAAAGCUCGUAGGGGAAGAUUAUCUUUAGAUGAACUCACCCCAGACGUGAUAUGCAGUGGCACUGUUUCAAAUUCCUCCAGGCUUCUUGGUUGCACGGAGCAAAAGCUGGAAUCCACUGUUUUACAUUCCGGUAAACAAAUGAAAAUGCACACACCUACAAGCCCAAUAACAAGUGUCUCUGUGCAGGGUAGCAGGGGUUGGGCUAGUGCUAGAAAAAAUCUUUUGGCUGCAUAUGAGGAGCCGCCUUUCACUUCUGAGAAAUGCUCUAAAAAAGGGAAGCUAUCUCAUAAGGGCCAAAAACGGAGAUUUUCGGGCAACCAAGUUUCUUCAUCCCGUGCUAUAUCAUUCACUAGAAAACGGGAUGACGAGAUGGUGACGUAUGAUGCAGAGUGUAAUGAAACUUGGGUUCAGUGUGAUGCUUGUAGCAAGUGGCGGAAGCUAGCAAAUGGAGUUGUCGCCAAUGCUUCCACAGUGUGGUUUUGUAGCAUGAAUAGUGAUCCGUCAUACCAGAGUUGUGAUGUUCCUGAAGAAUCCUGGGAUUUUAAAGGAUCUAUUACAUACCUACCUGGAUUUCGUACCAAAGGAUCCUCUGGUGCCCUGGAAGAAAAUAUAUCCUUUUUUACUGGUGUGUUAAAGGAACACCACACCUUGAUCAACUCUGAGACAAGGAAAGCCUUGACUUGGCUAGCUAAACUUUCGCCAGAUAAACUUGCUGAAAUGGAAACAACUGGGUUGGUGAGCCCAAGUGUGGGCACGUCUCUGUUUGAUACUAGGGUUGCCCGCGAUUAUCACAAAAUAUUCCGAGCAUUUGGCCUUGUAAAAAGAGUUGAAACGGGUGCGUUGAGGUGGUUCUAUCCAAAAGGUCUUAGGAACCUUUAUUUUGAUUUGGAUUCCCUUCGAAUUGCUCUCUGCGAGCCAUUAGACUCAGUUAGGUUGUAUCUGUCUAGUGCAACUUUGAUUAUUGUCCCCUCAAAUCUAGUUGAGCAUUGGAAAACUCAGAUUGCAAGGCAUGUCAGCCCAGGUCAGUUGAGAGUCUAUAUAUGGGGUGAUCAAAAGAAGAAACCUUCUGUCCACAAUUUGGCUUGGGAUUACGAUGUCGUAAUUACUACCUUCAGUCGAUUGAGUGCUGAGUGGAGUCCCCGUAAAAAGAGUGUCCUAAUGCAGGUUCACUGGCUUAGAGUCAUGUUGGACGAGGGGCACACUCUUGGCUCAAGUCUCAAUUUGACCAACAAAUUGCAAAUGGCGCUGUCGUUGACUGCCACUUGUCGCUGGUUGUUGACGGGUACUCCAACUCCCAACACUCCCAACAGUCAGCUGUCUUAUCUCCAACCCAUGCUGAAGUUUCUCAAGGAAGAGACAUAUGGGCAGCAUCAUAAAUCUUGGGAAGCAGGUAUCAUCAGGCCAUUUGAGGCAGAAAUGGAGGAGGGCAGGUCUCGUUUAUUGCAGUUGCUUAACAGGUGCAUGAUUAGUGCAAGGAAGAAAGAUCUAAAAGCAAUCCCACCUUGCAUAAAAAGAGUAACUUUUGUGGAUUUCUCCGAAGAACAUGCAAAAAGUUAUAAUGAAUUGGUAGAGACAGUUCGGCGUAAUAUUUUAAUGGCGGACUGGAAUGAUCCAUCUCAUGUUGAGAGUUUAUUGAACCCGAAACAGUGGAAAUUUCGGGCUACAACAAUAAAAAAUGUUAGGUUAUCCUGCUGUGUGGCUGGACAUGUCAGAGUAGUUGAUGCUGGCCAAGAUAUUCAAGAAACUAUGGAUAUACUAGUAGAAAAUGGUCUGGAUCCUAUGUCACAGGAAUACGGUCUGAUAAAGUACAAUCUCUCAUAUGGUGGCAACUGCAUGAGGUGCAAUGAAUGGUGCCGUUUACCCGUCAUUACACCUUGUAGGCACCUUUUAUGCCUUGUUUGUGUUGCUUUAGAUAGUGAAAGGUGCCCGUUUCCUGGUUGUGGUAGCACAUAUGAAAUGCAGAGUCCGCAAGAAUUAGCGCGUCCAGAGAAUCCUAGUCCCAAGUGGCCAGUGCCAAAGGAUCUCAUUGAGCUACAACCUUCAUAUAAACAGGAUGACUGGAAUCCUGAUUGGCAGUCAACAUCAAGCAGCAAAGUUACAUAUUUAGUUGAGCAGUUAAAGGAAUUGCAAGAAACUAAUAGGAGGAAUAUUGGGUACCCCAUUGACAAUAGUGAGGCUAUGUCUAGUGAGUUGAAUUUCUCCUCUGACAGUAGCAUACCAGUAGAGAAGGAGGCUGGCCUUAUGUUAAGAGAUGAACAGAGCUCUAUUCCUCUAGAGAAAGUCAUUGUUUUUUCCCAGUUUCUGGAGCAUAUACACAUCAUUGAACAACAGUUAAGCAUUGCAGGAAUUCAAUUUGUUGGAAUGUACAGCCCAAUGCUCACUAACAUUAAGAUGAAAUCAUUAACAACUUUCCAGCAUGAUGCAAAUUGUAUGGUUCUGUUGAUGGAUGGAAGUGCAGCUCUAGGUCUUGAUUUAAGCUUUGUGACUCAUGUCUAUCUGAUGGAACCUAUAUGGGAUAAAAGCAUGGAGGAGCAGGUUAUUAGUCGUGCUCAUCGAAUGGGGGCUUCACGUCCUAUUCAUGUGGAAACUUUAGCAAUGAGUGGCACAAUUGAAGAGCAGAUGAUGAAAUUUUUACAGGAUGGCAAUGAAUGCCAAAGGCUUCUGAAGGAUGAGUCCGGUAUAAAUGAGCUUGAGGGGGCACGUUCAUUUCGGACAUUACAUGAUUUUGCUGAGAGCAAUUACCUAGCUCGUCUAAGAUUUGUGCGAACUACUUCAAGGACAUAAAAGGAGUUACUGCAAAUGCUCUGUCCGUGAAAUGCUGAGAACAAGUCGCAAUUCUCAAGUUAUUUCUGGUAGCAGUAGAUGAUGCCAGUAAAAUAGGUAUAUUGGCUGCUUUGGAUUCAGGAUGACUUUUGGAGAUUUCUUUUAUUUCAUUGCUAUCAACACUAGAAAGGAAUAAACAGGUCAACUUUUGUGUUUCGCAUAUGCAUGUUUUUGACCAUUUUGUUUGGCCAAUCGUGAUGAGAUUGGUUCUUUAUUAGUUGUGUAUAUUUCAAAUAUAAUUUAGAAUGUGAUUAAUAUUUCGUGUACUACGUAGAACUAGUCAUGAGGGUGUAAAUAUAUUUCAAAUUGAUUUUAAUAUCUUGUAAAAGAAAAGCAAAAAUAUCAAUUUUUGCAACCGAAAUGAGGAGAUACGUCAGAUCUGGAUGUUUAAUCGCAUACGAUUU